ACGGAGCGGACACACGUAUCCCGAGAAUGUUGUUCAAAUAGGGGCAACAGAACAGAGCUUCUGUCGGUCGCUGUCGGAGCCUUUUACCACAGCGCGUGGGAGCACAACGCAUCCCUAUGAUGGGAACGAACGGUGGUUCGCAAGCGGAAAAGGACACCGAAAGCACCGUGUGGGGGUGGACCGUGGUGUGGGGCCUGUGUCAGGAUAAUAGAGUACGGGCCUGCAGGCUGUCAUUGCCAGCAGAUAGAAAAAAGAGAAAAAAUCAUCUGUUGCUCUUCAUUGAGAGAGAGAGAGAGAGGCAGCAACAGCAGUGUACCGGAUGCCGAACGAUGGAUACCCUCGUUGCUGGUGUGUGUGUGUGUAUGUGCUCUGACUGAUACCCGUGCGGGAGAGCUUUCGUUGGGAUGCUUUCAUCCGCUUCGGUUCCUCACCACGGAUGGGAACAUAAACGACAAGAUAAAGUAGCGAGUGGAAUUGAAUAUCAGUUAAUUAGUGGGAAAGAGAACCUAUAGCGCGAUACUGUCCUAGAGAGAGAGAGGGAGAGAAAGAUAAGGAACCAGAAUACAACAAGCAUGCACACAAACACCACACACACAUACAACCACAGCCACACGUACACAUAGCUUCAUGGAGCUUAGUCGAGUGCACAGAAAAGGGUGAUGAGCGCUUGAACGUUGGAUGAACGGACUUUUUUCCUCCCUCUGUGGCAGUGUCUAUUUUUAAAUUGUCCUUCGUCCUUGUAUAUUGAUAAAUUGAUUGAUGAAUAGGUAUGCAAAAUUACAAAAAAGGGGGCAAAAAAAAACACCCACAAACACAUUCCGUGCUCAUAACGGGCAACGCUGAUGGUGGCAAAAAUGGGGCCAUUUGGAUGAACGUUGUGCUGCAGGCAGGGUCGUCUAGUGGAUGCUGCUGUAAAGCCUUAGCUGCAUGACAUGGUUGAAGAGUGGCGGCCUCAGGGGGGGAAGAGGAUAGGAGAACGAUGGUUUUAAAUAUUGACGAUCGGUAUCGAGCAGACGUGCGGGGGGCAGGCUUACCAUUGAGUAAGGCACACCUCAUACAGAAGAGCUACAAGGGACUGGAUUACUGUAAUACCUGUACAAAGCAAAUGCAAAAAAUGCAUAAAAAUAACAGAGAGAAAAAAAAAAACCGCUACUGUCCUUUCAGCAGCGAUAAUGCUCUCGGAACGGUAACUGACUUUGAAAGUUGCUUUUCCAUUCGAUAAACGAACGUCAUUGCCUGAACCUUCCUUCCUGCAAGCCGCAUUCAAGCUGGACGAUCUCGUGAUCGAAUGGUCGCUGUUAUCGGGCUUGGUACCGAUAACGGAUAGAUUUGCUAGAUAAGUUCAUUUAAUAUGGCCAAGUUCGUGGACGAUGGCGGUAUUGUGCAAAACAUUCGAUUUGAAAUGAUUUUACUCAAGGUGGUGCUGUUCAUGUUAACGGACGCUUGUAUUUGCUUUUGUAGCAUAAUGUCACUCUUUUCGUUACUGUUAUCAAUGAUUGGCAACAACUUGAAACUCAAAUGUUGACCAGCUUGAAUCAUAAACAUUAAAUCUGAAACAUCUGUAGGUACGGAAAUAUGUACGGUAGAAGAACUCAUAAUAUUGUUAAGGCUUAAUGUAGAUUUAAUUGUUUAAUCUACUUGGGUUUUGAUAGGACUUCACCAAACAGUGAAUCCUUUUAUGGUUUUUAGUUGUAAAACCAAGAUGGUGAAAAAUCUCCUAAACUCCUUGUUGACAAAAUACAACGUCAACGUCAAGUGCGAUGACAGCCGACCGCGGAAGUACGCAGCCACUUAAGGAUGAGCCACGAGCGCAGCCGAAGAAAAAAAAAAACCUAGCCAGAGAGAGCCGGAGAAAGAGAGCGAAGGGAAAGGGCGAAUGACCGCGUUACACACGGCAGUAACAACCAUAAAGCGAGAGAAGGAAGACGUUUAGUUUUUUAUCUGCUAAAAGUGUAACUCAAAAUUACAAAAAGAAUACACUUAUUCACGGAUGUAGAAAAGGCGUCUAGUGCAUUUAUUCUCGCGGACUGUUGCCUGUUGCAUUUGCAACACUCCUAUAUGCUGUCGUCCGUUGGACAAUCGCUCGAAUUGAGCAGCUGGGUGGCACUGGUGGCAAAGCAUAUUUAGGUCGGUAGGUGCAUCGAAGAUCGAAGAGACACUCUCAACUUGUAUUAUCCAAUUGUUCUGGAUCAACUGAAGAUUAUUGGCUAUAAUGGCUAAGGACCCAUAGAAAUGCUGUUGGGCGAAUUUCGAACCGAGUGCCGCUAAUUUCAAGUAAUGCUUCUCUAACGUAUGAUUCGAGAUGAAGUUUUAUGUUCGUCGCCGUUCAACGUGUGUAUAUAUUUUUGUAAAACAAACUUUAGCAAAGCGUUGCGUCUUGCUGGGUAUAAUCGUUAACAAGGCCGUGCUUUCCAUUCGCAGGAAAAAUCAGUUGGAUUUGGACUGUGAUAUUUAAUUUCUAUCUCAACAAUUUAUUUGCUAUCUUCAACAAACCUAUCAACUCAUGUCCGAUGCUUAACACCAAGAUAUUGUUGAUCGCCCACGGAUACUUGCUGGAUAUUGACGACUUUGGGUCUGUCUGUCUUAUCAAUUUGUUGCGCGGAGAACACAAGCACCUAGUCACGUUGCUAGAUGUUUUGGUGUAUUUUUAUUGAAAAACAGUUUCGGCCCAGACGUCCGUCGUUCGUGACUGUUUAAUUCUAUCCCGCAGAGAACCCGUGGACGUGUGCGCAGUCAGCUGGUUAGCUCUGGCUCAAGUGCUCAGUUUGCGUUUUGCUCGAUCAGUUGCCGAGACACUACGCAACGUAACCGACGAAAAGUGUACGAUAUCGCGAGGUCUCGUGACCUACCGCAAACCCAUCUGGACGUGCUUUUCUGGCAGUAGUGCGUUAGCUGAUUGCCGUACGGAAAGGUGUUUCCACAGUAAAUAGGCACCAACUGUGUUGCUGCACGAUGGAGGAAGUCAUCUACGGAUCGAAAAAAUAUCCGAUUGCGGCGAAAGCUCGUAAAUCGAAGCUCGAUUUCCUCAGCGGCGUUCGGCGUCAUUACGAGAAAAAACAAAAGGACGCGAAGGUCACCAAAGAACCACGCAUUAACCUAUCCGUGCCAGGAACGCCAGUAUGUUCCCGGUACCUACGAAGACUCUCGUCAGGGCAGUACAUUGGGAAUGAUGAUGAGCCAAGUGGUGAGGAGGAACGCAAUUCGGUAGCGAAUCCGGAGCUCAUCGUCAGCAGCAUCGUACUGGACAAGUUCCUGAAAGAUAUGCAACAGCUGUCGGUAGACAAGGAAAACUCAAAACCCUCCGUCCAGCAACCGGGACAGGAGAAGUCCCAAGCACGCAAAAUGCACGAAACAGCUGAGGACUUUUUCGCCGCGUCGGAAGAACGGAAAGCCUAUCAUCGAACAUUUUCCGAAGCGGUGGGCACUGUUGGGGAGGCACCAGUGAUCGAGAAAAAUCCGGUGGUGAAGAAGUAUUUCGAAGAGUCUGCUACUCAACGGAGUUAUCGACGCGACUUUUCGGAAGCGUAUGGCGAACUGAUCGAAACGGAUCCCGUCAUUCCCGUGGAUAAGAAACCGAAAAAGAAAAAGACAAACAAGGCCAGCUCCAAAACAACCAAUGCACGGCGCACGAAACUCAUCAGCGACUCCUCGGAUGAUGAGCAGUCGUCGGAAGAGGUUGGCAGUGAGUUCUUGCAGGAAUUGGAACAGCUGAAGGAAUCCAAGAAACGGCUCGAAGAAAAGCUCAAUGCCUACCAGACGAAGACGGUGCCGGAGUUGCCGACAGGUGGGUUGGAAGAGAAAAGCACCCAAAAGUUCUUUGAGGAGUCGGAACAGGCGAAAACGUAUCAGCGAUCGUUCUCGCAGGCAGUACAAACGUUGCCCGCUGGACCACGAGACGUACGCGAUCCGACGGUACUGCAGUACUUCAACGACUCUGCAUCGCGUCAAACGUACAGACGAGAAUUUUCCGAGGUGUACAACGAGCUAGACCCAGUCCCAGUGGCGUCACCCACCUACAAACCGACAGUACCGGGAACACCGAUUAGCUCCAGGCAGUUGUACAAAUUGAAAAAGAACGUCGACACAGAGCCGGUCAUCCCAGCGCCGACGCCACAGCAACCUCCUGCUGCUGAGCAAUCAUCAUUCCUGGUGGACGAAUUGGAAGCUUUCAACGAAGAGCUGGACCGUCUGCGACAGAACAAACGGUUGGUAACUGUUCCGACCAAGGAGCAAGCCCAGUCCACCGCGUCGGAUUUCUGCGUGGACAGUUACCUCAACACGUCGAGCGAGAAGCAAACGUACAGUCGGUCCUUCUCCGAGGCAGCUCAAUCGUUUACCCAGUCGGAUGUGAAAAGCCCGGCGGUUCGUUCGUUUUUUGAAGACUCUUCCCGCAAGGGUACUCUGCGCCGAGAUUUCUCGGAGGCAUACCAGGAGGUGGAUGUGCCAGCGGUCCCUCCGGCAAAGCCGAAAGUACAAGAAGCUGAUGUAACAGCAAAGGCGACAACUGAUGCAUCAUAUGACCGGGAUCAAGAUAACAGACUCGCCGGUGAUGAUAACCAACCGUCCACCACUUCCCCAGCAGGCACGGGCACCAUUUCCAUCCCGGGUACACCGAUCAACUCUAGGAAGCUGGCCGCCUUUCGACGCAGCACCAGUGUGGAGCCCUCGGGCAAGGCAAGCGAAGCAACGGCAACGGCCCCGGUGCCACCGUCGCAGGAAGGCCUUCCGGCGCUGGCUCGAGUUCCACUGACACCGCAGCUUGAUGUUUCAGUGCCAAGACCUCCACCGACCACGGGGAUGACGACAAUCCCGGAAGGCACCGGAUCCAACGGGCACCUGUAACGGCGGACAAUGCUAACGCCGGGGGUGCAGGGCAGCGGGAGGCUCAGGAGGCCGCGCAGGAAGACAAGCAGACGCCGAAGACUGCAGCUGAGUUGGUAGAGCUGGACAGAGAGUUCUGGAAGAAAUUUGGUA